AUGCAGUCUGCAGACCAUGACCACUUCUUUGAAACGGAUGCUGUCCAAGCUCAACGUCAACGCAAGGCCGCAAAGGCCGGCAACAAAAAUGGCGAACCAAUUGCUAUGAAGUCCAAGAUACUUGCUGUUGUUCCAGAUCCUGCUUCACCUCUCACUUCUGUAUUCAUUGCCGAAUCUGCUGGUGCUGUCCGCCGAAUCAACCUCGAGAUAUCGGAGCCUAAGACAACGUACCGUGGACCAAAGGCACCUGUAACUUGUCUUGCCACGGGAGGCCAAGAUAACCAGAUAGUAUUUGCAGGCUCGUGGGACAAGGACAUCUGGUCAUGGGACGUUGAGACUGGAAAGCUUGGCCGCAAAUUCAGCGGUCAUUCAGACUUCGUAAAGACUGUUGUUUGUGCUACCGUCUCAGGUAAACAUGUUCUCAUCAGCGGAGGCGCCGACAAGAAGAUACUGGUUUGGGAUAUUGAGUCAGGGAAACGGCUGCACACCCUGCAGGACCCUACUACGACAAUGCUGGCCGUCCAACACAUUGCUAUCGAUCCUGUCCUUAGCGACACAGCCAAUAUUGUCUUUGCCAGUGCGAGCAGCGACCCGCACAUCAGGAGGUGGAAAAUCACCCUAGACAGUUACGAGCAGCUUUCCGAGUCAUUCUCUGACCGCCCCGAUGCUGAGCGACUUACCAUCCAGGAACACGAGACCAGCAUCUACCGUCUGUUCUACGACCAGUCAAGUGAAGAUGUGGAUCUAUGGACUGCCAGCGCUGAUGGAACUGCAAAGUGCUUGGCGCGUUCGAAAAAUUUCGUCGCCGACGACUCCUUCGAACAUGGAGAUUACGUACGAGGGGUUCUUGCAACAGACCAAUGGAUUGUCACGGCUGGACGCAAUGAGGAUGUCAAGGUCUGGGACCGCUCAUCCGGAAAGCUGUACUGUACAUUGAUCGGUCACUACGAGGAGGUAACCGACAUUAUCAUGCUGCAAGAUUCUGAUGGUACUCCUCGCAAGGUUUGCAGUGUUGGAAUCGAUGGAACUAUCCGAACAUGGCCACUGGCCAAGUCUGAACUGGAUGAAGUGGUUGUCAAGAUUCAAAAAGCCUCCGAGCCCAAAGAGGAGGAAGAGGACAAGAGUGGCAAUGUCUUGACUGCUGAGGAAGAGGCCGAGCUUGCAGAACUCAUGGACGAUUAG